UCAGGAGGUGCUGGCAGCUAGUCAGUUAGAGAUGCAGGAGUUCAGAGGGAAGGGACCUGGCUGAAGAUGAAAAGUGCUCUCUCAUUUGCAUCUCUUCACAAUGAAGCUGUGGGUGUGGUGAGAUCUGUGGGAGAGAAGAAAGAGUUGCCAGCCAGCAGCUGAGGCCUGCUGGCUUAUAAGGAUCAGCUGGAGGACUGGACCCCAUCAAGGGGAGGAGAGGGAAGAGGAGGAGGAGGAGCAGAGGUUUGAACAAAAUCCAGCUGCCUAAGGGCUGACUGGAGCAGGAGCUGAGGUCGCCUUUGUUGUCCUACUACAAGGAAGGCAGACUUCCUUCCUUCCAAAUGGGCCCUUCCUUUUACCGAGUUCUCCUAUGGGUUGGCUUCACUGCUCCAAUCUUCUGCGUGUCCUUAUCCAAUUCCAAUCCCGGCAACAGAGAGUCCCCCCGCCCUCCCUCCAUGAAGAGCAACCCAGCCUCUAAGGUGUCUCCCAGCAACACCAUGUUCGCCUUCUCCCUGUACCGGAGAUUGGUUCAGGAAAGCCCAGGUCAGAAUGUCCUCUUUUCUCCUGUGAGUAUCUCUACCUCCCUGGCCAUGCUGUCCCUGGGGGCCCGCUCAGCCACCAAGACGCAGAUCCUCCGCAGCCUUGGCUUCGACCUCAUGGGCAUGCCAGAGCCCACCAUCCAUCUGGGCUUCGAAUACCUGGUCCACUCACUGAAUGCAUGCCACAAAGACCGGGACUUGCGGAUGGGCAGUGUUCUCUUCAUCAGGAAGGAGCUGCAGCUGCAGGCCAAUUUUCUGGACCGGGUCAAGAAGCUUUAUGGGACAAAAGUCUUUUCUGAAGACUUCUCAAACGCUGUCACUGCCCAGGCACGGAUCAACAGCUAUGUGGAGAAGGAGACCAAAGGGAAGGUGGUGGAUGUAAUCCAAGACCUUGACUCUCAGACCGCCACGGUCCUGGUGAACCAUAUCUUCUUUAAAGCCAACUGGACACAGCCCUUCAGUGCUGCAAACACCAUCAAGAGCUUCCCGUUCCUUCUGAGCGAGGGCACCACUGUGCACGUUCCCAUGAUGCAACAGACGGAGCUGUUUGCUUUUGGAGUGGACAGAGAGCUGGGCUGCACUGUGCUACAGCUGGACUACAGGGGAGAUGCCGUGGCCUUCUUCAUCCUCCCUGGCAAGGGCAAGAUGUGGGAGCUGGAGAAGAGCCUGUCAGCCAGGAGGCUGAGAAAGUGGAGCCGCUCACUCCAGAAGAGGUGGAUCAAAGUGUUCAUCCCCAAAUUUUCCAUUUCUGCUUCCUACAACCUGGAAACUAUCCUCCCCAAAAUGGGGAUCCGCGACGCCUUUGACGCAAAUGCUGACUUUUCCGGAAUUACAAAGACACGCUUCCUGCAGGUUUCUAAAGUUGCUCACAAGGCUGUGCUAGACGUCAGUGAAGAGGGGACAGAAGCUGCGGCUGCCACCACCACCAAGCUUAUAGUCCGCUCAAGAGACACCCCUUCUUCGGUCAUCUCCUUCAAUGAGCCCUUCCUGAUACUGCUUUCAGAUAAAAGUACAGACUCCCUUCUCUUUCUAGGGAAAGUUGAAAAUCCCACGAAGAUGUAGGUGGGAAGUGAACUGUUGCCUGGUCUCACACUGGUGAUGCACAAGAAACAAGGCAUAUAUUAGGUGGUGCUUGCUGGGUGAUACCAAGACUUGCUUCUUUGCUUGAGGCUCUCUUGACUCCAACAGGGGUACAUUUGCCUCAGGGAUGGCACUCUGGAGCCCAGGGAUGGGCUCCAUCAGCCCAGUGGCAACAGAGCCUGGUCACCCCAACAGUGGACCCUCUCACUUGUUCUCCCACACAGCCUUUUCUGGGACAAUGGCAGGGCAGGGGCGGGGGGGGGGGAUGUCCAUCCCUCCGAGCUCUCUGGAAUGAUGGCACACAGAGCUCUGUGUCCUUACUUUUAUCGCUGGCUUCCAGCACUGCAUUCAAUAAACCUGAGAUGUGAACAUAGUGA